AUGCCGGCUCCACGAGGCAGAAAGAGAAAAUCGGGCCAGUCCACGACGUCGUCUGACGACCAGGGCGCGCAGACGAGGACCCAGAUGGUUGCCACCAAGACCGAUGAGGGUCCGUCGGAGGAGAGCCCAAGGAAGAGGAGGAAGGUUGGUAUCACCAUCACGCAGAAACAGGCCUUGAUCGACAACUUGCAACUCGAAAUUACCGAGCGUGCUCGGAAGCUUCGAGCACAUUACAAUAUACACGCCCAGAGCCUGCGAACUCGCAUAGAGAUCCGUGUUAACCGCAUCCCUCUAGCACUGCGUAAGGCGAGGAUGGGGGAUCUCUUGAUGAAAUACUCAGAACAGCAACAGAAACCGGGCGCUGCUCCGACAGCAGUCAGAAACCCGCCCGUUCCUGAGAAGGACAUAUAUCCCGCUGGGCGUGCUGGCCUCCAUCGAGUGCCCACCUCCAGCGCUCCGCUCGCGUCCCCGAGCCGCCCACUCAAGCGUCUUAGCGAUGAAAUAUCAGGCGGUGACAAAGAGAACGAGACCGACAAGAUAGACAACCCGAAGAAGAAGGUGCGCGGCGGGGCAGCAGCCGCAGCAGCCAUGAGGGGCAACAACAACAACCCCAGCCAGGUGCUCUCGCCCACCACGUCUAACUCCCGCAUGGUGGCGCCGCCCCGGGACCGCGCCGCCGCCUCGCCGGGCAAGUCGCUCAUCGCGAGGCCCGUGUCGCCCACCAAGACCGGGUCCUCCUCCAACAUCCUGAGCAACAUGGUCGAGAAGGCGCGGUCCACGCGCGCCGCCGCGGCGACCCGGAAGACCACCAUGUCCUCGACCACGAGCUCGUCCACCAACGGGGGGCCCGCACCGCCGCCGGCCACGCGGGCCCGGAGAGGCGCCGCUGCGGCGGCGGGCAGGGCGCCCGCGUCGUCGCGGACGACGCGGAGGGCCAGCGGCGUCAGCGAGUCCAGCGACGGGAGCACCGCGACGGUGGUGAAGAGGAGGACGGGCGCCGCGGCGCCCAAGACGGCGGCACCGGCACCGGCACCGGCACCGGCCGCGAAGCGCACGGUCAUGGGUACCAUCAGGAAGGGCGUCACGGCCGGGACGACGAGGAAGGCCCCCGCGGCGAGGACGGCGGCGGCUGCUGCUGCUCCUGCGGCGGGCACAGGGAGGGUCCUUAGGAAACGAACCUGA